AUGGCACCUUUGUUGUCUCCGCAGCAACUCGACUUUUAUGAAGCGAAUGGCUACUUGAUCCUGCGAGCGAGCGAGCACAAGCUUGUACAAAGGACGAGCGACUUGAAGAAAUGGGCCGAACAAGUGAGGAGCUGGCCGCUGGAGAAGGGCAAAUGGAUGCCGUACUUUGAGGUGACAGCGUCGGGCGAGAAACAGCCCAUGAGAACCGAGAAGUUUGUCGAUUACCACGAAGACUGGAGGAGCCUAAUCUGUGGCGACGGACUCGCUUCCAUCCUGAAGCAAAUAGCUGGCGAAGACACGCUUCUCUUCAAGGACAAGAUCAACUAUAAGCUGCCAAACGGCAACGGAUUCCACGCCCACGUGGACUACCAUGCCUACAGCCACAUUGGGCAGAUUCAUCACAUCACCGCCAAUAUUGCCAUUGACGAGGCAAACAUUGCCAACGGCUGCCUGGAGGUCGUCCCUGGGUCGCACGUGAGCGACAUUGAGUUUAGCCAGGGUGGCAGAAUCAGCUCCGCAUGGGAGGAUAGCCACAACUGGGUCGCCGUGCCGCUGGCACCGGGUGACAUACUCCUCUUUGGGAGCCGCCUCGCCCAUCGGUCGAAAAGAAACCAAACGGACAAGAGCAGGACGAGCCUUUACGCGACGUACUACAUGAAACAGGAUGGAGCCGAUCUGCGCCAGAAGUAUUACGAACACAGACGACAGAUAUUUCCCCCUGAUCAUGAGCGCGAAGAAGGAAAAGACUACCAGCAAGGAUGGAAAACGUAUGGCUUUGCCGCGCCAUUUUCCUCCGUCAGUAGCAGGGCGUAG